GGCAAUUGGUCAUGGCUGGGGUCAUAAUGUGCGGGCUUUAGGACCCAUACGCGCGGUUCUAUUGACGGGUACUUUGUGUUUACAGUGAGAAUUGUAUGGCAGGAAUUUUCUAACAUCAAAUAUUUAAACAUAAUUUGCAUCGAUACAAACGCUACAAUGGAGACAUAUAUGCUGUGACACAGAGAAAGUAAGUCACACAGGUUUGAAAUGACAAGAGGUUAUUUGGAUGGAGUCCUUGCGGGGUACAGUGGGUCACUCCCGCGAGUACAAAUUGGUGAUGUUAGGAGAGGGGGGUGUGGGCAAAAGUGCCAUCAUCAUGCAGUUUAUAAGUCACAGAUUUCCAGAGGACCAUGACCCGACUAUCGAGGAUGCUUAUAAAACACAGAUUCGCAUAGAUGAUGAGCCAGCAAACCUGGACAUCUUGGACACAGCAGGACAGGCAGAGUUCACAGCGAUGCGCGAUCAGUACAUGCGAGCAGGUGAAGGUUUCAUCAUCUCUUACUCCAUCACAGACCGUCGCAGUUUCCAAGAGGCUCGGCAGUUUAAGCAGCUGAUCUACCGGGUGCGACGCACAGUCGACACGCCGGUUGUACUGGUGGGAAACAAGUCUGACCUGGCCCAUCUAAGACAGGUGUCAGUGGAGGAGGGCAGACAGCUGGCAAGAGAGUUCCAGUGCCCAUUUUUUGAGACUUCAGCAGCAUUCCGUUAUUACAUUGAUGAGGUGUUUGCCGCACUGGUCCGCCAGAUCCGUCAGCGUGAAGUAGAGAUGGUGCAGGGGAGUGUGAGGAAAAGUCGACGUAAUCAUUCCCUCUGGAGUCGCCUUAAAGCCCCCUUCCACAAGACACAGCAGUCUAAGCACUGAGAGAGCCACAGAAAAGAAUGUGACAGGAUAUUGUGCCCUUUAACAUUAUGGGUUGUCUACCUGAAGCUGUAUAAGUUCCAUCUACUUCUGUUUAUUUGACAUCUGUUGUAAUAAUUUAUAUUUGAUUUUCUGCAUUGAAGCACUCCUAAUCAUUUUAUAUGUCAGAUAGACUACUAACCUCAUACAAACUAUGUGCAGGGCAACAAACUCAGUCAUUAUAUGGAUAAAGGCUAAUUUUACCUUAUCACUUAGGAAAGCAAAAAUUAAACUUGACAACAUUAUAUUGUGUAAAUGAACGUCAUAUAGAAUGUUCAUGUCACAUUAUAACUGAUGAAAAGGCAGGGAAAGAAACCCAGAAGAAUAUGGAAAGACGGAAGUGAAGUGAGAUGGUCAUGUCAUGCACAGGGUCAUAGAUGUGCGAAGCAAACAAGUUGGUGAACAUUAAGGCCAGCGAGCCUUAACUGAAAGUAUAAAGCAUGUAAAGAGGAAACAAAGUGUGUGAAGAGAUGCAUUGUAGGAAUGUAAAUAGGCAAAAGUAGAAAUAUUACAUUUAUUUGCUGAUGUAAUGAGUACUGUAAAUGAUUCCUUUAACCUGGCUGUAUUGUUUUGACACAUGGAAGUUUAAGUAUCAAAAUGAGGUCCAGGAUUUGCAGCUUUAGUGAGUAGUUCAAUGGUGGAAUCUCACAAAACAAUGUUUGGGUUGACAUCUCACCUUAUUAAAAUGUAUUACAAAAAUGUUAUUCUUUAGACUAUUAAAAUGAUUUUCAUUGUGACGUUAUUAUCAUACAAGUAGAAAAGGUUUUCCUACUUAUAUGAUCAGAUAUUUUAUGUUAGGCAAUAUGUAUUAUUCCUUAGAAUGAUUUUCAUUCUCAGUUACUUCACAGGAUUUCAGUAUAAGCAAAAUCAUCAAUACAUUAAGGUAAUCAUUUUUUAUGACAGUAAUGAGACAUUGCAUUAUAAUUAUUAUAAUUGCCACAAUGCCGAAAAUAAACUUUUAAAAGGUGAAAUAUCAGCUGGACAUGUUUUUGACAUUUUCUGUAAAAUUUACCCAACAGGAAUGUCUUUUGUGAUAUCUUUUUUACCAAGUAGUUGCAAAUUACACUGUAUAAUAAUGACGAAAACAUUGCUGUGCUAUAUCAGGUUUAAUUGUAAGCACACAAACAGAUUGACACUUGAUCAUGAUUAAAACAAAAUCGUUUUUAAACAGGGUAUUUUUUCUGUAGUCAGUCCCUAGGAAGUGUACCUCUUUAAUGUAGCAUAUGAGGUAAAGUAUAAAUUGACUCCUGUAGACUUUUUGCACAUGCUGUGCACUUACUAAACAUCAGAAUGUAAUGGAAUGUGUUCAGUGUGUGUGUGGGAAGGGUAUACGGUAUGGGGACAAAAUGUCCCCACAAAGAUGGCAAUAUCCAAAAUCCUUGUCCUUUUGGGGACCUUUUUUGGUCCCCACGAGGAAACAAGCUUAUAAAUCAUACAGAAUUAAUCUAAAAGCGCAGAAAGUUUUGUGUGAUUGUUAGGUUUAGGGGUAGGGAAUAUGAUAUACAGUUUGUACAGUAUAAAAACCAUUGCGUCUAUGGAAUGUCCCCAUAAAACAUGUGAAACCCCUGUGUGUGUGUG